CAGCUAAUCUGUUCCGCAAAGAUCGAAUUUGUGGUAAUACUGUUCUCAAUUGUGACCCUGACUCUCAUAAAGCUUAGCUUCUUGUUCUUCUAUGCCAGGAUAUUUAUUUACGACAGUAAAAAUGUUAGGAGCUUUCGAAAUAUCUCUGUGUACCUUUGUAUGCUCAUUGUCAUUCUUUGGUUCCUCGGUUUUACUAUUACUUACCUUUCCGCAUGUCGGGAUGACUUUACUGCUCGUUGGUCAGGCAUUGCGUUUCAGACAAAGUGCAUCAACACUUUCUGGAUGCUUUAUAGUCUAGCAGUAUCCGAUUUCGUAAUGGACUGUCUGAUAAUUAUAAUUCCAGUCCCCUUAGUCUGGAAACUUCAUCUCACGCCAAAACGCAGACUAGGAGUUUCCAUAGUGUUUCUCCUAGGGUCUCUGGCUACAGCGGCAUCACUUGUUCGAUUGAUCUGGCUUCAAUGGGUUGUCGAUGUAGGCGCUACACCACAGGCACAUUCAGACCCACUAUCACUCAUAUCUACUGGGAUAUUUUGGUACUUGGUUGAGGUGACAGUAGCCCUGCUUGCAGUUUGCCUGCCUCCACUUCCAGGGAUUCGGCGCACGCAACCAGUACAGAAAGUCAUCCGAAGUGUCCAGAGCAAGUUUUCUCUAAGAUCCAGAUCUUCC